AUGCCGAUGAUUGAACAAUUGAAAAACUUUAUUCGCCAUGGAAAACAGGCAAACAAACACGUAAUUCCGGAUAACAAUUAUGGUAAUAAUGACCGAUAUCCAAAGUCUCCUGUUGAGGUAGAAAAUUUUCGCGCCUACCCUGAAAUUAAAUCAAGGGUAGAUAAUUCUUCUGCAAUACAACAAAUCGUAGCUGAGGAACGAGAGCAAAGGAAUAAAUUGCCUACAUAUCCCGGUUUGGAACGUUAUCGUAUAUUAAAUAAAAUGGGAGACGGUGCAUUCAGUAACGUAUACAAAGCAAUUGAUACCCUAACUCAAGAGAAAGUGGCAAUAAAAGUAGUCAGAAAGCACGAGCUAAAUCAUUCACAGAGUGAACACGAUAAGAAAUUCACGGCAGUCUUGGCAAGAGCGCGCAAUGUACUCAAGGAGAAGCAUCUUCAUCGUGAUAUGAAAAAGAAGCAUCGUGCAAUUGAGAUGUUCGUAAAUGAACUUCAACCUGCUGAAUUUCUUGAAAGGAUUUUCGAAUAUGCAACUUACAUGAUUUUUAUACCCCUUAUAUUUACUUUAGCGGUCGAACAUCAUCAAAGAAGUCCAAAUAAUGCGCCAAUUGAAGCAUCCAUCGAUCUGAAACUUACCUAUUUCUCGGAAAAUUUAUCACGUCAUGUUAUUGUUCAAGUUGCCGAAGGAAUAAGAUAUUUGCAUGAAGAAAAAGGAGUUGUCCAUAGGGACAUCAAACCUGAAAAUCUUUUAUUCGAGCCCAUCACAUUUAUUCCUUCGAAAAAUCCAAAAGUUCCUGGCCCAAAUGACGAAUUUAAAGAGGAUGAGGGCGAAUUUAUUCCUGGAUUAGGUGGUGGCGGUAUUGGAAAGAUCAAAAUCGCCGAUUUCGGUUUAUCUAAAAUUGUUUGGGACGAGCAGACAAUGACUCCGUGUGGUACAGUUGGAUAUACUGCUCCCGAAAUUGUAAAAGAUGAAAGGUAUAGUAAAAGUGUUGAUAUGUGGGCGCUUGGUUGUGUCUUAUAUACAAUGCUGUGUGGUUUUCCGCCUUUCUACGAUGAAAGCAUUAAUGACUUGACCGACAAAGUUGUCAAAGGUCAAUAUACUUUCUUAAGUCCAUGGUGGGAUGAUAUCUCCGCUUCAUCCAAAGAUUUGAUAUCAAAUCUUCUUGCGGUUGAUCCUGAGAAACGUUAUACCAUAAAUCAAUUUUUCGAACAUCCGUGGAUUAAGGAUGAGCCAUUUCUUCCGAAAUCCAAUCUUGCACCAACUGACAAUAAGAAUAAAGCCGAAGUUAGGCAACGUUACACUAGCGUUGAUUCGCCUCUUAUAUAUGAAGAAAUGUUACAAACACCCGUUGAGAAUUUCAGACGUAAAGAUAUACUUUCACCCGGUAUUUCCCUUAAGGAAGCGCUUGAAGUUACUUAUGCCGUACAUCGUAUGGAAGAGGAGACUGCGAAAAAAAGAAAAAUGAAAAUGAGUGGACAUGGAGGAAAGAGCUUAGCUUUGAACCCAUUUAAAGGCAGAUUAACUUUGAAUGAUGAAGGUGACGACGACGGAGAAGAUACCUCAACGGCAUCUUCAUCGAUUCAUCAAGUGCCAAUAAGUGAAACAGCAACAAAUCAUGCUUCAAAUGAACCCAUUAAAAUGAAAACUGGUUCAAAAGUUACAUUCAUGCAAUCUACAUCAUCAUCCAAACGUAAGGAAAUACCUAGACGUAUGGCUUUUGAGUUAAGCUUAGAUGGUGCUACGCUACUGUGCAGACGAAAAAAAGCUUUAGGGACUGUUGAAGUUUGA